AUGCCAUACGAACCGCCCGCCACUCCAGCCCUUGUCAACAAAGGCGUUAAUCUAUCACUCGCAUUUUACCUUGUCGACUGCAUGCUCAAAGGUUUCAUCAAGCGUCUUCGUCUUCUCUACCCUAUUCCUACCGGUUUCCUGACUCCUGAGGACUUUUGGACCAUCAAAUUAUUGCGCAGUGGCAAGCCCAUCAAUGGAGAUCAGGCCCGCAUGAUGAAGAAAGUAUGGAACACAGCUGAUUUGAGGGNNGGGUACGUCGAGGUACUCAACAAACUCCAAGAUGCUCCUCGCGAGACUUUCAUCGCCAGUUUCGGGGAUGGCAGCUCCAUCAGGGUACCUCGUGGUAAUGCUGUCAUAGUGCUCAGUCGUAUUGAAGAUGAACCGGUCGCAAAGGAGACAGUUCCGCGUCCGAGAGUGCGCAUUGUUGGACCAAAUUCGCAUCUCAAGCGCAAAUUCCCCUGGAACCACGACUCUGACGACCCUAGACCUGACAAGUUUCCUCGCCUACAGCUCCCGGACUUCCUCGUCUUUUCGGACAGUCGUUCGCGCCAGAUGCCUCAACGCGCUGUGCAAGAACGAUUUCAAGGAAGAUCAAACCAGAUUCGUCGCCUUGUGAACAAAAUUUCGCUGGCAACAACAUCCCGAAUUUUGAUAUCGUGA